CUCAAUCAAAUCGAUUCGCUGCAAUCAGACAACGGUUUCUCCAACGUUAUCGACGUCAUUAAGUUCAACCCCUGCUCAGGCUACUGGGAUCAAUGGGUUUGAUUCCCUGCUUUGAAGCUUGAGCUGUUCCAAGAAAAGCUUCGUCGGAUGCGUCCGCUCCAUGGGCGAUAAACUCCCUCAACCAUGACAAUCUAGACUCUUCUUCUGCUCCCAAGUUUUUGUUCGUCUUGCCGACUGCUUGAGUUCCUAUCCUCUCAGCCAGUCGAGGUCUAAUUUCAGACCUGCCUGAGCGUCACACAAUUGCCAAGAUGCCUCGUCGCAACAGGUCUUGGGCAACUGUUCUCGGAUUGAACAAAAGCCCCGGCAGCCACCAUCACGACAAUUGGUGGCACGAGCGCCGUCACUUGCUACCUCGCUACCAUGACCGCAUCAUCGAGUCGUCCAUUCCCCCAAUUGAGGUCACCAAGGUCGCUGUCCGCCUGCGCCGUCUGAUCGAGGAGUGUGUUCCCUGUGAGCUCGAAGAAAAUCUCAUCACCAAGCCGCACAGCAAAGUCAUCACCAACAAGGUCAUCAAGGCUGCCAAACAGGCUGGUGGCUCUGAAUAUGGAGCCUGUGUCGUCUUUUGCUUGCUUGUUUGCAAGAGGUGGUUCUCGCAUCAAUCCUCGGUAGAGCUUUGGGAUGCCGACCUGCACUUGGUCAGAGGCGUCGCAUGUGAGGUUAUAGCGAAGGCUAUAAUCGAGCAAGAAGAAGACACAGAGUAUCUCCAGCACAAGGUGCUGCUCAAGCGGUACUCAAUUACCAUCAAUGGAGAGGACAUGCCGGCGGCCAACGUCAUUGAGCGCGCCGUCGACCUACAUGCCCUUCGGGUCAUUGGCUCCUCGGGCUAUCAGAAAUGCAUCAGUCAUCUCUGGCGCGGCUGGCUCGUCCAGGACGAGGACGAUCCCUCCAACUUUGUCGACUAUCAUGAUAAGGCAAACACAAGCUUCCUCGUGCACAUGGAUCCCGAUCGUAUGCGCGCCCCAAUCUAUCAGAAUGCAGCCCAGCUCGUGAUUUCCUUCAUCUAUUUGGGUCUGUACACGGGUGCCAUCAGCACGGUGAACCGUACCGGCGAACUUGAUAUCGUCGAGGGUCUCAUGUACCUUUUUACUGUCGGUUUCAUUUGCGACGAGAUCACCAAGGUCUGGAAGGCGGGCUACCGCAUCUUGGGGUUCUGGAACGCUCUGAACAGCGUUCUCUAUGGGUUGUUGAUGAUCAGCCUGGGCAUUCGUUUCUUCGCUUUUAGCAAGCCUUUCAACGGCCCAGCCCAGGACGAAGAUGGCAAGACCGAUCGCGAGCAGCUCAACGAGCUUAGCUACAACUUCUUGGCGGUCAGCGCGCCUCUCUUCUGGAUCAGGCUGUUGCUAUACCUCGACACGUUCCGCUUCUUCGGCGCCAUGCUAGUCGUUCUUAAGGUCAUGAUGAAGGAGUCGAUCAUUUUCUUUGCCUUGCUUACCAUCAUCAUCAUUGGCUUCUUCCAGAGUUUCAUCGGCCUCGACUAUGCAGACGACCACGCCCUCAGCGACACGGGUUUCAUCAUCCAGUCCAUGGCCAACGCGCUCAUGCAGAGCCCCGACUUUAGCGGCUUUGAAAAGUUCAGCCAUCCAUUCGGCAUAAUACUCUACUACUUCUUCACCUUUAUCGUCAUGGUCAUCUUGCUCAACGUGCUUAUUGCGCUGUACAACUCUGCCUACGAGGACAUCUACGACAAUGCCGACGACGAGUUCCUAGCCCUGUUUGCGCAAAAGACAAUGCAAUUCGUGCGCGCGCCCGACGAGAACGUGUACAUCGCGCCGCUCAACCUGAUCGAGGUGUUUCUGGUCGCACUGCCGUUCGAGUGGUGGAUGGAGAAGCGCAUGUACGAGCGGCUCAACGACAUCGUCAUGGCAGUGCUGUAUUCGCCACUCCUGCUCUUCACGGCCAUGUUUGAAAUGAGGGCCGCCGGCGAGAUCAGGGCCAACCGGUCGCGCGGCGAAGAGGACGACGACGUGCAGGAGGAGUGGGAGCAGAUGGAGGACGAGAUCGAUUUUGAGAGCGAUGGAUGGAACAAGACUGUCAGUCUGGCCAAGGCCAACGUCGAGGAGGAGCCGGCUGUUUUGGAGGUGCAACAGCUACGGGAAGAGGUCAAGGAGCUCAAGGCGAUGCUUAUCGAGCUUGGACGGGCUGUAGGGGCUACGAAGUUGGGCGGCAGCAAUACCACUGGGAAAGCCAACGGUGCAGAUGAGGAGUAGUAUCAUAAGACGGCGGUAUCUUCGUGCUGCACGGCGACAUGAGUUGGAUCUUGGCCUUUUGCUUUUGUGUGCCAAAGCAGACGUGAUUACCCUCAAGCAGGUUGUCAACACUAAUGAGAUCCUAUCAACGAACAAACAAUCUACGCUCAAUAAUCCAAGUCAAGUUUGUCGUGGGCGAAUGCGGCAGUGCACAUUGUAUAGGUAGGGAGGGGGCUGUACCUCCUCCAAGCUGCAGCCACCCACACCCGCGUCGCGCCAAGUCGAAUGGAUGGAUGCACGAAAUACUAUGCAAUACUCCCUCCCUCUGAAUGAG